AUGGCAGCUCCUCAUCCUCACAUAGGCACUGUUGGUCCUGACACCUUAAUCACGGUCAAAGUAAUCAUCGACGGAACAAAUCGAAGAUUCAAACUUGCUCUUCGUGAUCUUGGUGCCAACGUGCUCCCCCAAAAGCUUCGUUUCUUGCUCGCUAUUCCUCCGGAGCAGGAAGUUCGAUUUGAUCGAUUCUCGGAUUCUGCCGGCGCCUUCAUUACCCUCGAUAGCAGCAAUCCGGCCAUCUACAAGCAAUUGUACCGGGCAGCCAAGGCCAAACUCAAGCUGCGCUUGAGGGCCACGCUCGAAACGCCGGGCCAGAGGGAAUCGAAUGACAGCAACAUCAAAGAGGAGGACCAGUCUGGAGUCAAGAACACCUUGAAGGAUGCUUCCCCGGGCUCCGCAUCGGGGCCGAGGCAGAGCUUCCUCGACACGGUCCUGUCUCAGCCUCUGGCCAACGGCUCUGCACCCUCAUUCAAGUCCUUCCAGAAGAACUUGCCGUAUUCCCCAACUUGUGCCGUUCCCGGCGCCUUUGACCUGAACAAUUCAGGUCUCGACCCUGUCAUUCAUGGUCCCAAGGACGGCCACGGCGAUGCUUUCAGUCUUCCCACCUUGCCUUCGCUGAACGACUUCCCCUCCACUUCGUACAGCAUUGAUUGCAAUCACUGCGGCAAGUCUGUCCCCAACGAGCACUACCAUUGCGGUAUCUGUGAGAAUGGUGACUUUGAUCUCUGCCAGGAAUGUAUUGAUUCUGGAGUGACCUGCGACGGCGAUGAGCAUUGGCUCCUCAAGAGAACUAUCCGCAACGGAGUAGUCAUUCCCAGCACCACGGAGACUCUCCCUCCAAAGAAGCUGUCCACGGCUACCGCUCGCUCAUCCGAUGACUUGAAUCCACCGACCAGCCCAGAACAGGAUGACGGUGAACGGACUUGCAACUCGUGCAUCUGCUUGUUGCCCGCACACAAUUUCGUGACUUGCCAGGACUGCCCCGACUUUGACCUCUGCCUAGCCUGUUUCCGAGAGGGUGAACAUGGUCACGACCCUUCACAUGCCUUUGAGCCUCAGGAAACUGAAGAGCGGAUGGUCGAGCCGGUCAUCAAAACUCUCUGUGCACCUGGACGAGGGGUUCGCCACGAAGCCAUUUGCGACGGCUGCGAGCAGGGUAUCUUUGGUGUUCGUCACAAAUGCUUGGGCUGCCCUGACUUUGACUAUUGCUCAACUUGUGUUCGUUCGGCCGGCGAGAAGCAUCCCGGACACCGGUUUGCACCGAUUUAUGUUCCUCUUCAGAACAUUCGUGCUCCCAAGCCGAGCCACCGUGGUAUCUACUGUGACGGACCACUGUGCACCAAUUACAACCGUUACAUCACUGGCGAUCGAUACAAGUGCGCCGUUUGCCACGACACCGAUUUCUGCGCCAAUUGUGAAGCAUUGCCCAACAACGGCCAUAAUCCAUCCCACCCAUUGAUCAAGAUCAAGAUCCCCAUCCGCCAUGUCUCUAUUACUACCCAGCAAGAGACAGAAAAUGGUGUCAAGAUCGCCCAGCUAGGAGACCGACCCAUGGCUAAACAUGCCGCUACAGAAACGACCCGGUCGACUUCCGCCAAUGCCGCGACCCAGGUGCAAACUGUGGCCGAGGUCGACCCGGCGGACCACGUGCCAGCUCUGGUGGAAACUCCAAAGGCCAACGAUGUCAUGUCGAGCAAGCCCUUGCCCAACGAUCUGCAAGCUUGGUACAUGUCGGACUCUACUCCAGAUGGGACCAGAAUCGCUCCGAAUCAUCUGGUCUCUCAGUCCUGGACCCUCCGCAACCCGGGUCCCGAGGCCUGGCCGGCCGGCUGUGCUGUGUACUAUGUCGGUGGAGAUGACAUGCGCAAUCUCGAUGCUCUUCACCCGUCCAGUGUGAGUACCAUGACCGUGGCCAAUCGCAGCAAUGUUCUCGAGACCAGCCUCGAGCCGGGCAAGACUGCGGUCUUCACUGUUCUCCUCAAGUCUCCCGCUCGCGAGGGACGAGCUAUUUCGUACUGGCGUCUCAAAACUCCUGGGGGUCUACCAUUCGGCCACAAGCUCUGGGUCGAUAUUGAAGUUCGUUCCACUCCUGUUGAGUUGCCGAUUCGACCUGCUGUUUUGAACCCUGCUCCCGCUAGAGUGGAGCCAGUUACGGAUACCAAGGAGGAAGACGGGUCGCCAGACAGCUCCACCAUGAUUUUCCCGAAGCUCGAGAAGGAGUCUCCCCGCUCUAGCGUCAACGAUAUCAGCGAACAACAUGCGGAAGAAGCACCCGCGGCCGUGAUGGAGCCCACCACCAAAACCGAAGAACAAGAAUUGUUUGAGGAUGUCGAGAGUCUUGAGCUUGAAGAGUCCGAGAGCGAUGAGGAUGGAUUCUUGACCGAUGAGGAAUACGAUAUUCUGAAUGCCAGUGACGAGGACUUUUUGAACGAAGCUCAACGCUCAGUGGCCAAGUGA